AUUUACAAAACAGAGCAAUAAUGAUCACUUUGCAUAUUCUACAGCAUUAGGAACAAGUUUAAGAUUAAACAUACGCUACAGCAUGGACUUAAGAAGUCUUCAACUACUAAGUAUUCUUCUUGUGAUACACACUGUAGUAUUUUGUGCGUCAACCGAACCAAUCUAUGAUGUUGACCCCGAUCCGGUGGUGAAGACUAAGCUUGGUCGAGUAAGAGGAACUGUGCAUUAUGCUAUAAACAGCACCAAACCAGUGUAUGCCUUCUAUAACAUUCGCUAUGCAGAACCUCCUACACAUUACAACAGGUUCGCUAAACCAACUGCCGCAAGAGGCUGGAGUGGUGUCAGAGACGCCACAAAGUUAGGUCAUUCGUGUAUUGAAAAUGAUGCGUUUUAUAAACCGUUUGCGGAAUCCUACUGCGACAAUAGAAUACCAACAAAACAACGCUUUGACAUAUACUCUGAAGAUUGCCUACAAUUGGAUGUCUUCACCCCCAACACAAAAGGAAAACUACCAGUAAUGUUUUGGAUACAUGGGGGUGGGCUUAGUUUUGGUAGUGGUCAUACAUACAAUGGAACUGCUUUGUGUACAUUCACAGACUUGGUGGUUGUAUCAAUCAACUAUAGAACAGGACAUUUAGGUUUCCUGAACUCCGGCGAUAACCAAAUUCCCGGCAAUAUGGGCUUCCUUGACCAACAGAUGGCACUGAAAUGGACAAGCGAAAACAUACAUGCAUUUGGUGGAGAUCCAGAUCGAAUAACAAUAGCAGGAGAGGGGGCAGGUAGUUGGAGUGUUUCUGCUCAUCUCGUGUCCCAUGGAAGUAAACCCCUGUUCAAGAGAGCCAUUCUUCAGAGUGGAUCUAUACUCACAGAUAAACUUAUCAAUGACAACCCAAAAGAGAGGUUUGAUGAGACUGUAGAAAAGUUAGAUUGCAAAUAUGAAACAGUAAUGGAACAAGUGCAAUGCUUGAGGAUGAAAUCUGUCGAGGAUAUUAAAAAGAUAGGAAACGGUAAUAUGUAUAUGGACUGGGCAACGGUGGAUGGCGGGCAGUUCUUCCUUGAGCACCCUAAGGAUUUGUAUGCUAAAACUGAUUUCAGUGAUAAGGAGGUGAUGGUUGGAGUGGCGGAGCAGGAAGGGUAUACAUUUUUUCAAGGUACAGGGGAUACCCAAGUGGCAGAUUACACGUAUGCACAUUUCUUAGAUGAGAUAAAACUAGGACUCUCAAUGCUGAUGAAAGAUGAUGCCCUCACUAAUAAACAUUUAGAGAAAAUUGCAAAAAUGUACUUCAAAGAUAACCAUUCCCCUAAAGUGGAGAGUCUAUACAAAGUAAAGGCCGUUGAUAUAGUCGGUGACUUUAACAUGGCUUUUCCAGCUCUCAAUUUGACGGACACCAUAAAGGCAAAUGGUGGUAAGACCUUCUUUUAUGUCUUCACACACGAUCCAAGUUUCAUUCAACCUAAAAGACCAGAGUUCGUUGUGUCCACACACUUUGAUGAUGUCUUCUUCAUGUUUGGUACUGGAUUCCUAGACAUCUGGGUAGAUGAAGAAAAGGGCUAUGUAUUCAACGAAGCAGAACAGGAGUUCAGCAAACAAAUGAUGCAGUACUGGGCCAACUUUGCAGCAACAGGAAAUCCAAAUGACGGGGAUCUCCCACACUGGCCGGAGUAUGACUUGGAAGAAGAAGAAUUUGCGAUAUUAAAACCAAGAGUGUCUCGUUCUCAAAUGUUUUCCCAUAAGAAAUACCAAUUUUGGAAAAAGUUUAUGGCGAAUAUUGAAAAGCAAAGACUCAAAGCUAAAGAACAAAAAGAAAAAGAUGAACUGUGAAAAUAUGUGAUCAGAACUGUCCUUCGAUAAAUGUUCCUAUAAAACUCUUGAUAUCGAAUUGCUAUAUAAUAUAACUAAUAUUGUUAGUCACUCGGAAAUAUAUACCGUUGCUGAUAUAUAUGGAAAAUUUUGGGAUAUUACAGUUUUAUCAAUGGUGAAUAUUGAAUAUAAUCUUAAAAUCAGUCAUCAUCCAUUUGAGUUAUGGUUAUCCUUAGCGAUGCAGUCUUUGAAUCGACUAGGCGUCCGUCCGUCUGUCAGUCCACUCGUUGGUCCGUCUGUCAACAUUGGCUGCGCAAAUUGUUAUUCGUAUUUAGUCAUAUCUACAUUCAUUUUAUGGGUAUACAUAGUGCCUGUCAUCGCAAUUUUCCUUCGCCCGGUUUUCGACUAAUUGCCGAUUUUGCCGUAAAAUAAUUUUGACUUAAAUAUCAGACAAUUUUGUUUGCAUGUCCUGUCCAUUAUGAAAUUGUUUCGGCUAACCCAAACCCAUUCGUGUAUGAGAUACACCAGUUAUGUACUGUCAGCUUUGGAUAUAGGGUAUAUCCCUUGGGAAAUAUUUAUAUCCCCCUUUGGUCCCUUCGGUCCCUCGGGGAGAUAUAGAUUUAUUCCAUAAUACUACUGUUUUCCGUUUUCCCAGGGAAAUAUAAAGGAACAAAAAAA